AAACUCGAUGAUUUAAGAUGGCGCGAUGAAUGUUCCGCUUCUGGAAACUUAACGGUGACCAUACGCGUACGAUAAUAUAUUGAGUGUUUCUGGAAAAUGUGGGAAAACUGAAGGUUAUGAUCAGGCGAGACCUUGAUCGCAUCACGUUUCCGAAGUGACACGUAUCGCGCGUGCGAGAGUGCCUGGAGUCUCCCGGACAAUGCUCGGCACCCGGGAAAGUCGGAGUUAACGCAGUGGAGAAUUAUGCUUGUCAAACGAUAGGUGACCCGCGAUUUUCCUAGUCCUAGUUCAAUAGAGGCUCGCGAAGCUGGUCCUCCCGAGCAAUCAUGGAAAAGCGUUACAGUCCUCUGCUCUGCAUCACCCUCGUGCCGAACUUUCUCGUGCUGUUCCUCUCCUUCACGCGGGUGACGAGUGCACCGGUCCCGAUGAACAUCAUAAGUGUCAUGAGGAAUGACUCGAAGCUGUGCGAGGUGUCCAAAUUCCUGUACAAUUUAGCAUACGUGCAGGACUGCGCCAUGUGGUCAUACCCCAGCAAACCUAUCUCGAACUUCGAUUUGCAGCUCGGGACGUUCUUAUGCUUAGGCGUGUACGACACAGCGUACAAAAUUUGUCAAUAUUCUAGUCAACAGCUGAUUCCUACCAAUGUCUCAGCAGUAUUCGACUCGCACAUGAAGCAGCGACUGGUCGUUAGCGGGAAGAAUCAGACCCAGAAGACCGAGUUCUGCGAUAAUCUGCAGGGAUACACGUCUCUGUACAAUAAAACAGAAUAUCUCUGGGAACCACUGGUUGACAAUAUCAAUGCACCUAGCAUCUGCGUGAAGAUGUGCUUCGACUUCAAGGAUAAGUUACACCCGUUGUGUGCGGUACUUGAGUGGAUUAAAAAUAUCGAUGAUAGCAUCAAGAAAGUAAAUCAAGAAACGAAACAUGGCUCCGUGGUAGCUGGUAGUCAGCUGAAUGAUGAAGCGAUCAGCGAUGGUAAAACGAUACCAACUGGAGCCAGAAGAAUGUCCGAGGCGAAGGAGACCAAAGAUCAGACUCUGAAGCCGGUUGUAACAGUUUCGAAGGAUAACAGUAACGUUAAAGUGGAUAACUCGAAUGCGGCUAAUGAUGCACCGACUGGAACUGUGAAAGGUGAUGCAGAAGUAAAAUUUGAAACCGACAAACUAAGUAAAGAUGGAAUCCAGAAGAAAGUAAAUAAGAUUGAGACACAAGAGCAGAAAUCGUUAGUCCCUUCCGCAGCUGAAGGAGAGAAAAAGAGUAUCGUAGAUGCUGGAGUUAAUGUUGAAGUUACAAAGCCCGCGAAGAACACUCCUGCAAACAGUAAUCCGCAAGCUGCGUCAGUAAACGAUCUAGCAGGUAAUGCGCCAAGCAAAGACGUUGCAAAUCAAGGGCAUGUGCAGGAACAUGAGAAGGAGCAAGAUACCGACGACGUUAAGACUAGCACGAUAUCUGAAAACACGCAAGACAAUUAUCCGGAAGAGGAAAUGGAGCCUAAUAGGGCCGAUAAUAUUGAUGAUAUAGACGACACAGUUCCACAACCAGAUAUCGGCAAGGAGUCUUUAUCAGAGGGGAGUCAAAACGAAAUUUUGCAAGAACCCUCCGGACAGAAGGAUAACUUGCAGUAUUCCAACACAAGAAUAGAAGACGAGUCUCACUUUUUCACGUACUUCACUGUGAUCACCGUGGCGUGCAUCGCUGGAUAUAUCGGUUAUCACAACAAGCAGAAGAUAUUGGCGAUCGUGUUGGAGGGUCGCAGGUCGAGAAGUAGUCGUGGUAGACGACGACCGAGCACCGCCAGUUAUCGGAAACUCGAUUGCACGCUCGAAGAAGCAGUUACAUCGCAAUGUAACGCCAACGUCACUCACGUCAUAUAUUAAUGCGAGCAAAGAGAGAGAGAGAGAGAGAGAGAGGGCGCGUCAAAUUUUGUAAUGUCUGUAUUAUAGUAUUGCAAGUGUAAUAUAUUUUGUAUUUAAGCAUACUUCUCCAGCGUAACAUCUCACUUCUGAUUUUCUAAGGAUUGUUUCAUAUAUUAGCGUUAAGUCGAUUAUUCGUGUCGCAAAAUAUCGGAAACUGUGAACACACGCGAUGACAUAUAUGUAUUAUAACGUUUGAUAGUAUGAUAUUAAAGAGCACACGCAGUUAUAUUUUCAGCUCUACUUACAUCGAACUAAAUAUUUAACUCAUAAUACUUGUAAAAUAAAUUAGAUUGUUUCCGAUCAACAGCGCAUUGUCGAAGCGCUUGCAAAAUUUACUCUCCGUUGCGUUUAUGUAUUCAAAAAUUAUAAUUUCCGGGCAAAUGAAAAUAAAAAUUUUCGUUUACAUUGCGUUUUCUGCUCUUUGAUUUCAAUUAUUGAUGGAUAUACAGGGUGUCCCACUGAACGAUACAAGUGUGCCAAUAUAUACCAUGAAAUAAAAAGAAAAUGUUAUCAAUUUGUCAAAUUAAAGACAGCAAUUCACGAAAAACGAUAGAUUUUAAUUAAUCGAGAGAUUUAACGUCGUCUUUCGCUGCAACGACGUCAAAUCCAACGCAAAUGCGGAGUGCUAAAUUGGAAUAUAUUUUCACAAAACAUCUUUCAUGUUCUCUAGAUAUCACUUUGUCUAAUUAUUUUGAUAAAUCGUGGUUUCUUUUUCGAGCAGUAGUAUACAGUGCAACUAUACCAUGAGCAUUCUCUUAUGAAGAACACGUGACUGUCAUUUUUACAGAUAUUUGAAGAUAUUAUAUGUAGUAAAUAUUAUAUUUGUACGAGUUACUUGUAGAAAUUAGGAUUACAUGUAGAACAUAUUAAAUUUUCUCGUUUUGGGUUUUGUCAUAACGUUCGUGUGUGUAAAUAGCUGAAAAAUAGUGCGCUGAGCAUUGUAGAAAAAGAAAACAUCAACCAACUUAAAAUUAAUGCCGUAUUUUGCGAGGCAACUUACAUGUAUGUACAUACGUGAGCGUAAAAAACUAAUGCAUUAAUUAUUAUUCAAGCACGUAAUUUCCAUUUCUUUUCGGACGAUGUUAUCGAUCAUGGUAAUAUUGAAAUACGUGUUUCAAUCAGCUUCAACUGUUUCGCGAAACAAUCGUGGCGUUAUCGCGACUCGCGCGACAAAGUAAUUUUGCUGAUGAUAAAAUCAAAUUGAAAGCACUUACUGUAGCGAACUCGUUAACAGUGCAGGAAGAACAUGAUUGUUACAGACUUUACUAAUAUCCCGAAGUGCUUGCUGUGCAUUGCCUGCAUGAUUCGAUGAUGUCGCGCUUUAACUACGUUUUAAGAGACGUAGCCGCGCACCGCGCCUACGAGAUAUUGUACUCUGCGAAUAAAUUAUUUGUGUGAUCCAAACGCAUCUCGUAAAUAUAAAAAGAGAAGAAACAGAGUUUUAUCGUACUCGUUAAAUUUUUCAAACUCGAUCUCAUUAAAGUAGAUUGCAAAUUAUCGCUGAAACAGUACGCAGAAUGUAAUUUUAAAUGGAAAUGAAUUUUACC